AUGGGCGAACAUUCUACCCAUAUUCGACACGUACUCCUUUACGAGUUCCAAUCUGGCCAUGCUGCUGAAGCCCAUCAAAACUUAAGUCAAGUAUUCGGCACUGAAGUCCCUUUUGAGCUGUCUGUGCGCGCCUGGUUCCAACGCUACAAAACCGGAAACAAGAAACUCGAAGAUGAGCCUCGCUCUGGUCGACCGACUGCAAUGUCGUUCGACGAACUGAAGAAUCUGGCGGAGCAGCAUCCAUAUGAAGAUGUGCGGUAUUUUGCUGCCAGUCUUGGCUGUUCGCUGUCCACCGUGAACAAUGGACUGCGACCUCUCGGAAUGGUGAAAAAGCUCGGUCAGUGGCUCCCACAUGCAUUGAGCGACGGCAACCGCCAAAGACGCCUGGACAUCUGCACUCAGCUGCUCUCCGGAAGUCGCAGAUUCGACUGGCUGGACACCAUUGUCACUGGAGAUGAUAAAAUAGCUAUCUGA